AUGACUGACAAGGGCGAGCCAGAAAUUGACAUGAUUAAUUAUUUACAAAUACUCCAAGAAGAUUUUGAUAUUCUCUUCAAAAAUAUUAAUCAAGAAGCUGAAUUGACAACAAAGAGGAAACGAAGCGAUGAUGAUGAUGAUUUUAUAACAUCCGUAGUUGAAAACAACUUAUUAGAUAUUCAUAUGCAAGAAUUAAUAUUAGAUGAAAACGAACCAAAAAAGUCCGUUGAGAAUGAGAUGGAAACUUCUCAAUCAACAAACAAUAUUAUUAGACCUGAUUCACCGACAAAUUUGUUUUCUCCUAUAUCUCAGCAUCCCUUUGUUCCUUAUCAAUCAUCAUCAUCAUCUGUUUCAAUUCGAUCUGAAACUUCCGAUGAUGCUUCUACCUUUUUAACAGCAAACAGUUCCGCUAUUGAUGAAAUAAACCAUUCAGCAGCAACAACUUUAACUUCUUUUAUCGAGACUAUAGAAUCAAUAAUUCUUGAAGCUUAUAAAAGCCUCAGAAGAUCUGUAAAGAUCGUGUUUUUUGCUAAUGGUAGAACUCCAAUACUUUAUUAUGGUUAUGCUUCUGCGUCAUCCACUAUUACAUAUGAAGAUCAGAGAAUUAAAUAUAUGAAAUUUGCUGAUAAUGGAUAUGAAAUUUUGGGUGAAUAUUGUUCAGAGAUUAUAAAUCAUUUUAUUCACGUUUUUUCAAAUUCUGUGGGAGAAAUUGGUGGUAAUGAAGAGAAAAGGUGGAUUGAAAUAGUUGAAUUUAUAGAUAAAGAUAAAGUUUUAGAAUUGGUUCGUUUUAAAAAGAGAAAAGUGGAUCAUUGA